CCCCCGGCCCAGCCCCGAAGCGUGCACGUCUCCCCCAUCCCCGUGUCUUUCAGCGUUUGCCAGUACUUUUCCCGAGCGCUUCCGCUCGGAAGCUUCUCCGGGAGCACCGGGUCUCAUGGGGAUGGAAGGGGAAGGAGGCGUCAGGGCGCUCCUGCCGGGCAGGGCCCCCUUUGCCCCGCCCCGCGGUCCCGGAGAGGUCCUCCCGCAGAGGAGAGGGAACCACCCAGGCUGUCCCUGCCCGUCCUUCCUGCGCUGGGGCGGGGGAGCAGCGGCCCUCCCGGCGGGCAAGGGGGAGCCCGGAGAGCUCCUCCCGCGCGAUCCCGGCAGCGGCAGCGGCAGGAAGGGCAGGGCGGGGGCGGGGGCUGUGCCUGUGCCGGGGGGGGCGGUUCGCGGAGGAGGGGCCGCCGCCGCCGCCGCCGGGCGCAGCAGGCUGAGGGAAGGCAGGGAGCGGAGCUGCCGCUGCCGUUGCCACCGCCGAGGGCCGGGGCCUUGGACGCGUCCGGCGAAGAGCACGGGAGGAGAAGGAAGGGGAAGCGGGGGGAGCCAGCCGGCCCCUCUCGGAGGACGCGGCCCGUAUCCGCCCGGGGAAGGGCAGAGGGAAGCGGAGGGGGAGCGAGCGGGCGCCGCCGCCGAGGAGACAAAGAAGCGGAGCCCGCCUGGGCUGGGAGCCUCCCCGCUGCUGCUGCCCGCCCCGCUCCGCUCUCCGCCGGCCGGCUGGAGGUGGUGGUAUAUAUAACGUUGUUGGAGAGUCCUGCCUUUCACUGCCUGGAUCCUUUUAACAGUGUGUCAAAGGUUGUUUUUGGUUUUUGAGGUUGGAAGUUGGAUUGCCAUAGAAGUAAAGCAAAUGACCACUUGAUGUGAUAAGAAGGACUCCAUGAAAGAUGACAGAAGAAGUUAUUGUUAUUGCAAAGUGGGAUUACACUGCACAGCAGGACCAAGAACUUGACAUCAAGAAAAAUGAGCGUCUUUGGCUAUUAGAUGAUUCUAAGACAUGGUGGAGGGUAAGAAACGCGGCCAACAAAACGGGAUAUGUGCCAUCAAAUUAUGUGGAGCGAAAAAACAGCUUGAAGAAAGGUUCUCUGGUUAAAAAUCUAAAAGACACAUUGGGCUUGGGGAAAACCAAGAGAAAGACGAGUGCGAGAGACGCCUCCCCCACUCCCAGCACAGACGCAGAAUACCCUUCCAACGGCAGCAGCGCCGACCGGAUUUACGAUCUUAACAUUCCUGCCUACGUGAAAUUUGCCUAUGUUGCCGAGAGGGAGGAUGAGCUGUCCCUCGUUAAAGGGUCCCGAGUGAUUGUCAUGGAGAAGUGCAGCGACGGCUGGUGGAGAGGUAGCUACAAUGGACAGAUCGGCUGGUUCCCUUCGAACUAUGUGGUAGAGGAGGUUGAGGAGGCAACUGCAGAUUCACCCAGCUUUCUCAGCCUAAGGAAAGGCGCUUCCAUGAGUAACGGCCAGGGCACCAAAGUACUCCACAUUGUUCAGACACUGUACCCAUUCAGCUCAGUCACAGAUGAAGAGCUCAAUUUUGAAAAAGGGGAAACGAUGGAAGUCAUUGAAAAGCCAGAAAAUGACCCAGAAUGGUGGAAAUGUAAAAAUUCCAGAGGUCAAAUCGGUCUUGUUCCUAAAAACUAUGUAGUAAUCAUUAGUGAUGGUCCUUCCAUGAACACUUCCCAUCCACCUCAGAUAAGCUACACGGGACCAUCUUCUACCGGACGAUUUGCUGGAAGAGAGUGGUAUUACGGGAACGUUACCCGGCACCAAGCGGAAUGUGCCCUGAAUGAAAGGGGAGUGGAAGGAGAUUUCCUUGUUAGAGACAGUGAAUCUUCGCCCAGUGACUUCUCAGUAUCUCUAAAGGCAUCGGGGAAGAACAAACAUUUCAAGGUGCAGCUCGUGGACAAUGUCUAUUGUAUUGGGCAGCGACGAUUUAAUACUAUGGAUGAGUUGGUGGAACACUACAAAAAGGCUCCCAUCUUCACCAGUGAACACGGGGAAAAGCUAUAUCUUGUGAAAGCACUUCAGUGACGUUGAAGAUGGACUUGGCCACCUGGGCCUCUUAUAACUUACAAGCCUUAGGUCCUAAAUUCACUUUUAUAGAGCAGAGCAAUAUCUGAAGCAGGCUUAAGGAAUAGGCUCUUUCUAAAGUGUUUGCUCUGUCAGUUGCUGUUUGUCCUUUUUUUUGUUUGCCUCUCUUUGUGUUCCAGUUUUGUUAACCUCUGACCACCUCUCUUCAGGUUGAGAGUUUCCCUUGGGUGGCCAUGGCAAGCACUCACCUUCCCAGCAGAGUUCAAAACGCCCCUCUCCUGUGUACGUUUACAUAGUUAGCUCAGAUCAAGGAGGGGCGUUUUCAAUUCAAACCAGUGUUAAUCUGUUCAGACUGCUCAUGCAGGCAGAACUCUCCAUUCAGAGACAUCGGGCACAGUUUGAAUGCACUGAAGCUGCAGCUGCUUAAGUGAGAGAGAGUAGACAUAACAGUUGUGGCUGUGAGUUCUGUAGCUAUAUUGCUUACCGAGUAGGAUAAUACAAAACUUCCUAGUUCCUAGAAGCACUCUUUACACUGUACUCUGCUGUUACAUUGCCUCUCUGACUCUUCGUAAAGAGUACACUAAUUAAAAGCAUUUUGUAAUAGUACUUCUUAAACUACUAUGGUAAGAUUGUAGUAAAAGAAAACUAGUGUAUUUUGGUCUGUAAUUGCAACAAAGAGAAAUUUUAUUUGAAAGUUGAUUACUAGAGAAAGAAUAAUUGAAUUGUAAAGGCUGAAUGUUUUGGUAAUCUACAACCAAAUGUGCCAUCCACAUAAUGCUUUUUCCUCUUGCCCUUCUGCUUGUUUGAAUUAAACGAUUAUGUAUUUAAUUCUCAAGGUAAUAUGUAUCUGUAGCUGAUUGUUGACACUAAUACAGAAGAUUAAUAAAAACUGAUCUUGGGACAGGGUGGGGCGUGCUACCAACACUAUAUAUAUAUUUGCUUUACAGAAAGAAAUCUUCGGGUUUUACAGAGGAUGGUGUGGUUGGUAGGAAGAGACACAGAGAAUGUUUAUGAAGAAAAUGCAUUUUUCUCUUUUCUUUACAUUUAAACUCCUUUAUGGUUUAAAUAUACAGUCUUUAGAUGGCACAUUCCUGAGAUUGAAGAAUGGAUCAUGAGAUCUCAAAAUCUUGCAUACUCAGUUUUUUGGAUAUUGUAAUAAAAAAGGUAUUACGUCA